AUGAGCUGCACUCUUUGUCGUGGUAUAAUAGAGAAAGCUUAUCAGCGUUACCUGGUAGAUGGAAAGGCAAAGUUCGAUGUACGUGCUUCUCUCUCUGGUCUGCCUUUUGCCGUAGAAAUCGACUCUGUAUAUAUUUGUAAAUCGUGUUUGGACAAGCUAAAGAAACUUGACAAUCUAAAAAGACAGGAACGGGAACUGCUUUCUAUACUAAAAGGGCUUGUCACUUCGAGUAAACGCGUCCUAGAAACUGGCGAAAGUUCUCUUGCCAGCUCGCCGCCAGAAUCGCUUGAACGUGUUAAUAUAGCGAAAAGAACAUGUAUUGAAUCUACGUUUAGACCGUUUGUAGCACCUUUAUCACCUGUAUCAGUGCAAACUGGUUGUUGGUCGUCGAUUCCUAGUGUAGAAAGCCCUUCUUCAUCGCGUGAUAGCUCGGUUGUUCACCAUUCGACACCAAGUAAACAGCCAGACACAUUCCCAACAAGCUCACGACAAUCUGGUGUUGUAACUGUAAAGUUACAGUGGUCAAAUGAUAAAAAAAAUCAAAAAAAAAAAAAAAUCUUCCAAAAUCUUCCGCUAAAGAUCUUCAAACGAUUGUCAAGGAGUUACUACAUCAACAGGCUCUGGUCAGAGUACCUGGGAGGUCUUAUAGCUUUUAUGGGGGGGUUAAAUCUAGCUUGUUAG